GAUACCGGAAGUGGGUGGGGUAAUAUGAAGGUGCUUCCGGCAGACCCCGGCGGCUGAAAGCCGGGGCAGAAGUGGUGGUCUGGAAAGAGACUUUCCUGUCCCGGUCCCGCCGAGGCGGCGACUGCGGUGGGAAAAAAGAGUUAUUGGACACGCUGGCCUAUCGCCGCUGUACAUUAUAGCCUCAUCUCAGCUCAAAAUGAACUAUAUGCCCGGCACCGCCAGCCUCAUCGAGGACAUCGACAAAAAGCACUUGGUUCUGCUUCGAGAUGGAAGGACACUUAUAGGCUUUUUAAGAAGCAUUGAUCAAUUUGCUAACUUAGUGCUACAUCAGACUGUGGAGCGUAUUCAUGUGGGCAAAAAAUACGGUGAUAUUCCUCGAGGAAUUUUUGUGGUCAGAGGAGAAAAUGUGGUCCUACUAGGAGAAAUAGUAAGUGAAAACUGUUAAGCUACUAUGGAUCUUGAUAUUCAUACUAGUUAGGUUUCUUUUGUCUUUUCAAGAGGAAAAAAAUAUUUUUCACAUAACACUGAGUUUGUUUAUCACAGGCACCAACCAAAUUAGGAAAGCUACCCAGAAAAAUUAACUUUGUUUCAGUGCCUUUGGGUAUUUAAAUAUUUUGAUCCCAUGAACAAAAUAUCAGUGAUUUUACCUGAUAUAAAAAUAUUGCUCUGGACUGGUGUUGUG